AUGUUGAGGAGAUACAUAUCGCAAGGCAAUCUGGUGUCUGGCAGACAGCUGGACCACCUGGAAGAAAUGCACGGCAUUAAUGAUACAAAGCAAACAAAAAGACCCAAGAAGAUUCAAUUUCCAAGUAUAUUCCAACGUUUGAAAAAUGCUAUCUCUUGGAAUGGUCGUCAUGGUCGUCAAUUGUGGAAAGAGUACCCCGCUGAACCUGUCUUGAAUCAAUCUACAAUGAGGGCACUAUUGAAAGUCGAGGGUGAUCUUUUGAGAGUUGUGUUUCCUGAAGACAAUGUCCCUGCAAGAUCCCAACAUCCCAAAUCGCAAGCUGCCGCAUCUACACUCCGUCCAAAAAUCUCGCCGACCACCCAAUCAGAUAUUGCGUACGAACACAAAGUGUUUGGUCCAAGUAUCGCUCAAGAGAAAGCGGAUGCUUCUGCCGUCUGUAGAGUCAAACUCCUCACUGCGAAUUCUUGCGAUCCUUUCACAUACAUCAAGUCUCAUGAAACAGAAGAUAAGAGACCAGAGCUAGUUGGUGAUAAAUCCGUUUCUUGA